UGAUGCUGCAGUGAGUCGACCAAUUAGCUUUCACCUCUUGUCGGCGCAAGUUAUUUGGCCUGGAAACAGUGUUUGGAUAAUAAACAGUCCAGCGCGUUCGCAGUCCAUUUAAAACCUCUUUUUCGGAGGUGGCGUCGGUAUGGAGACGUUUUGGCUUUUACAAAGUAAGUGGUGCUGCAGCAGCGGUGCAACCAGCCACGAUGAAUCGUGAGGUUGGUGCAGAGUCACACCCCCUACUGUUCAUGUGAUUCAUUACAUGGGUGUAGCUGAGAGCCUUCAUGAUGAGUGGGGCUGGAGAGCACAGCGACAUCCUGUCUGUGGCCGACAUGGUCAGAGACAGAUGGAAAGUGAUGAGGAAGAUAGGUGGUGGGGGGUUUGGUGAGAUCUAUGAGGUUUUGGAUCAGCUAAGCCAAGCCACUGUCGCAUUGAAGGUGGAGUCGUCUCAGCAGCCCAAACAGGUGCUGAAAAUGGAGGUAGCUGUUCUGAAGAAGCUUCAGGGCAAAGAUCAUGUAUGUCGCUUCGUAGGCUGCGGUCGCAACGAACGAUUCAACUAUGUGGUGAUGGAACUACAGGGAAGGAAUCUGGCAGAUUUGCGCAGAACCAUGACCCGUGCCACGUUUUCCAUCUCUACAACUUUGAGACUCGGCAAGCAGAUUUUGGAGGCAAUUGAAAGUAUCCAUUCUGUGGGGUUCUUGCACCGUGACAUUAAACCAUCUAACUUUGCAAUGGGAAGAUUAGCCAGUACGUGCAGAUGCUGCUACAUGCUUGACUUCGGCUUGGCUCGUCAGUUUACCAACGCCAACCAAGAAGUCCGUCCACCUCGUCCUGUUGCAGGCUUUAGAGGAACUGUGCGAUAUGCCUCCAUCAAUGCUCAUAAAAACAAGGAAAUGAGUCGACAUGACGACCUGUGGUCUCUCUUCUACAUGCUGGUAGAAUUCACGGUUGGCCAGCUUCCAUGGCGGAAAAUCAAAGACAAGGAACAAGUGGGAAAUCUAAAAGAGACGUAUGACCAUCGACUCAUGCUUAAGCACCUUCCCUCAGAAUUCAGUAUUUUUCUGGAUCAUAUCUUAACCUUGGACUACUACACUAAGCCCGACUAUCAGCUCCUGACGUUAGUGUUUGAGAACGCGAUGAAGAGCCACGCCGUGCUUGAGAACGACCCUUACGACUGGGAAAAAGGUGAUUCGGAGGACACGCUGGCCGUCACUGCUGCGGCGAACACUGCACAGCAACUCACCCGUCUCACACCAGCUUACUUGGGCAUGGCCAACGCUUCAGUGCUGCCAGGCGAGCUGCAGAAGGAGAACACAGAGGACGUCCUGCAAGGAGAACGACUUAGUGACGCUGACAACUGUCCCCCUAUCCCAACGCCAACCAACCCUGGUGCUGACGAAUGGGAAGAGAUGGACCGCAACCGAAACCAUAAACAUUCCCAGCCACAGAUCAGAAAGGUGGUGAGUGAGGAUGAGCACAGUCAAAAUCAGGGGAAUCAAAGUCCCAACACUGGCUCCAUGCAGAGUUCUCCAAGACAUGUACGAUCAGAGACCAUGUUCCUGGAACGGGCUACACCCUUGCUGCGGAGGAUGAGACACAGUCAGAGCUUAGCGUUUGAGAAGAGGCUCGUACCUGACCCAAAGCCCACCAUCGAACGCUUCCUUGAGACCUAUCUGGGCAAACACCCUGUCCUCUCUCACAUGGGGGAGAAAUCCAUCCCAGAGAGACUCUGUGGGAAACCGCCACCCCCUUGCAAUGAGGAACACUCUGGGAGAGCAGCACCUGGUCCAGAGGAGGGUGUAGCGAACAGCGGCUUCAUGGCUGUAAACCUCAGUCCUGUGCCCCAAGAGGGUGAAUCCCAGGAAUGGGUGAUGCUGGAGUUGGAGCAAGGCAGCGGUUCAGACACAACCAAACCUGCAACUGAACACGAGGAGAAGCCUGGUGUUCACGUGCCUGCUGAGACCGAGAACCACCCUGAGCCACAGGCUGUCCAGUCCCCAGCAACUCCCACUAGUCCUGUCCUGUCACAGAUGGCAGUGCCUGGAACGUGGUUGUUGGGCCACAGGAGACUGCAGGGGAUGCUGGGGCAAAUGCCAUCAGUCAUCAUGGGAAGACCCCAGACUGACCAGUCCUCCAGCUGCACUCUACAAUCCGCUGUGCAGGAAAAGAGUGAUGUGGUAGGACCAGAACUUUCAUCUGGUAAACCUGAAGAAUUUCCUGUGAAUGGAGAGAAGCUGGAUUUAGCCCCAGUGCAAAGCCUAGCUAAAGGCCCCACAACUCAUCUAGCCAAUGACAGAGACCCAGAGAGUGAUUCUGGGCUGCCUGAUCGUUCAUCAGAACCCAAUCAGCAGCCUCAAGUUGACACAGCAGGGGGCGCUAUUGAGAGCACAGUCACAUUCUCCUCGUCCCCACCCCCGGCUUUGCUACAACAAAGGGACUCUCCCUUAUCCCCAAGGUUGAGUCGAAUCCCAAUAAGAGAUACUAGCACCCUCCUGGACUCUCCGAGCAAGGACGUCACCCUGGACAAACGUCAGCGCUGGAGCAGUCCGGUCCCCUUUUCCCCCACUCACUCACCCUCUCCGUCCCUGUCUUGUGACAACCUGCCUUGCGCAUUGCCGAGAGACAGGCUCUCCUCAGAGCGAGGCUCCAGGUCUGACUGUGCGGGAGAAGAUCCUCUCUCUUUGUCAUCCUCAUCAGGUAGUAAGAGUAAGAUCCCACGUCCUGUGAGCGCCGGCCUUGUACCAGAGCAACUGGCUAGAUUUCUGCCAAGACCACCUCCUGGGAAACCACCUCUCCGCUCCUGUGUGGAUAACAGGCGACACCGGUUCAGAGUGCGAGCUAGCAGUACUAGCGAUGCAGACUUCCUGGCCAGUCUGACGCAGCUGAUGCACGAACGCAGCGGGACACUCUUCAGUCCUCCUCCUCGUCCCCGCAGCUCUUCCUCUUCUCUGCAACGCUCGCUAAGCUCCUCCCCCUCUCGCCAGGAGCUCCGCGAAGGCCGGCUACUCCAGGAAGGCAGCCGCUCUUCAUCCAGCUUCUCUGGGUCUCCUCCUCCGCAUCACUCUCACCCACAGGACGGGUCCGGCGGGCAGCUCCAGUGGGGAUCAGGUCGCAGCUUAAGGGGGAGGGCGCUGGUCCACGAAGGCAAAGUGAGUCGGUGACUGAACAAAACAACAGAUCUCAAUGGUGGUGAGAAGCCGUCUCUCAUCCAGUCCUUAAUGGCAUGUGUAAAUAAAUACCGUAUUACUCAAGGGAAUGUACUGUAUGUAAUGUAAAAUGUACGAUAAAUUCUAUUUAUUUAUUUAUUCGUUGGAUGUGACUGAGUACUUGACGGUGUGGCUGAACACCUGCAGAUGAACAAAAAGGUUCGGAAACCUUCAGAUUGCCAACUGUUACCUCCUGUUUCCCCACCUGUAAACACUCCACAUCAGCCCAAUAUGAGACCAAAAAGAAAACACGCCGUUUCAUACCAAAUGUAAAAAUGACACUAUAUGUAGAUAUGUAUCAUUCAGAAAAUAGUAUUAUAGACUGA